AUGAAGGCGGUCCCGAGCUUCAUGCGGUCGAUGACGUCCCUGACGCCUCCGCCCCCUCGGCCCGUAGGUAUCCCUCAGCCGUUCCUACUGCGAGACCUCAAGGAGAAGCGCAAGCUCAGGCUCUUGGCGCGAAAACUCUUUGCGUUCAUCACAUUCGUCUCCAUCUACUUGACAGCUCUCCUCAUGGACCGCAACAUAUCGGGCCGCUCUGUGGUGCAGAAUACUGUCGAGACGGAGCUACUACUGACCCCACAGGGCACCUCAAGUGUUGUCUACACCAGUAUCGCUAGUGCCAACGACUUCUGGGACUGGUUCAUCAACUCAUUCCUCUCCAUAAUGUACACGGGGAGUGAUGGCGUUGAGCCUUACACCUUAGCGUCGCACACGGUCAUCCUGGGCGGGUUCCACAUCUGGCAAACUUGGUUCGGCGCGCUCAACUUCAGCGACCCAGAGAACAAAGCCAGCAACUGCUACAGCGAGACGCCAUUGCUCCAGGCACAAAUGUGCUUCUCCAAUAAGCAAGACUCUAUCGAAGAUUUUGGCGUCACGAACGGAUCCACUGCCAGUAUUGCGGAGCUUCAGUCGCUCGAGAUGUUUUCGUAUUCGACCGACAAUGAUUCAGACAUCAGCGGCUACCAGACGUUCUUCCUGCGCAGCACUACCAACGGUGCCGAAGAGCUCGCCAAGGCGAAUCUGAUGCAGCAGUACGCGUGGAUAGACCGUCAGACCAAGGAGGUGGCGAUUGUCAUGGCGCUAUAUAACCCCACCUUACGGAUCUUGUCGAUCGUGCAUCUGACGAUAGAUUUCAACCUCGCAGGAGGGGUCACCCCAACUUCGGACGUCCUGGUACUGAAUCUUGAGCCCUACGAUUUUUACCUGCGGAAGAAUAUCAUCCGCGCGAUCCUGGAAGCCAUUUACGUGGGGCACGUCGUUUACUUCGUCUUGCUCGAAUUCUGGAACGUUUGUGUUCUGUCCGAUGGCAACUACAAAGUUUACGUCGCUCGAUAUGGACUGAUGAAUAACAUCGGGGACUGGGCUAACAUUGUAGUGAAUGUUGCCAUCGUUAUCUGGCGGUAUUGCAGCCAGAAAGCUGAUACUCGGCAGAAACUGCUCGAGCUUGAAUCGUUCGACGAGUACAUCAACCCACUGCCGCUCAUGAUUUGGGAUCGAUUCCUGCUGGGUAACCAAAGGGGGAGACGUCUCAUGUGCAGUGUCUAUGGAGCCAUGCCCGAAGUGAUAUCCUUCCUCCCCAUUUACUUCUCGGUCAUCGUCGGCUACUCGUUUGCGGGUCACAUGCUGUACGGCUUGAACUUCACCGAGUGGGCCACAUUUCCACGAGCGCUGUUCCGCGUCUUCGAGCUCAACGUUGGACUGUACGAUCCGGGUCCGAUCUACGACCAGGGCGGAAUUUGGAGCACCAUCUUCAUUUAUACCGGCAACAUCGUGUUCUGCAUCCUCAUGCUCAACGUCUUCAUGGCGAUCGUAAUGAGUACGUGGGAGCGCCUCACAGAAAAAGAAGCAGAUCGAGCCGAAGAGCAAGACCAGUUUUCACGCGAGUUGGGCUUUACCGACGCUCUCUUCCUGAUGGCCAUGAAGGAAGAUCACGUGGAUGCUCUCAUCGACGUGGCGCUGCAACUCGAGGGAGGGCCAUUGGUCACGAGAAAGUCGUUCUGCAAAGUCUGGAACGAGUUGGACGAUGAUGAAGUUCCAGAGUGGACGGUGAGUCGAGUUCUCGGGUGGUAUUGGGACCGCAACGAACUCAGUGCCACCGCUUCGGGUUUUGGCGCCAGCAAGCAAGCCCUUGCGUCCUUCGGCUCCGCCGCUGCUGUAUCCAAAGUCAUGGCCAAGUUCAGCUCCGCAGCUGCGAACGCGAACCUGAACGCUACCAAUCGACCUACCUCACCGAAGAAGUACGUCGGCCGCGCUGGCGCACCCGAUUCAGAAACCGAUCAAGAAGAAGCCGUCGAAGUUGUCAAGUCUCCUCGGGAUCUUGACACGACACCACCACCGCCACAAGCUAAAACCAUCAGCGUGGCGUCGGUGGUCAACGCCUUCACCGCGCCUGGCAUACCUUGGGGGGCUACGAAGACACCUAACGCUAAGGGGGAUAGAACGUUUAGGUAA